AUCUACUAUACCCCCACAUAUCAAGAAUACCCUCCACAGAUCCUUCACCAAAUGCUUGGCCUUUUAUCUAAUCCCAUGAAUGGCAUGCCCAUUGAAGCUACAAAGGCUAUCGUUCCUCUUGGUAUCGGGCUUGCCUCUGCGGCAUUCUUGGCCAUGAAGGCUGUCGCAACCCCAAAGUUCCCAAAUGACAAAAGGAUUCCUAUGGCCUCUCUCAGGCCAGGCGAUUCUUCGCAUGAUAAUGAAUACAAUGAGGAUCCAAAUGCGUUCAUCAAGCGAUGUGAAGAAGAAUGCGGACCAUUUUUCAAUGUAUUUCUGCACGGCUUUCCUUACACUGUCGUCUCUAAUCCUUAUAUCAGCGAAGUUUACACUUCCGGUGACUUCUCUCACCUUGACACAUUUGAAGACCUUACAAGCAUGAUGGCAUACUUUAAUACCAUCCGAAAGAGCAACAAGCAUAAUGGCCUUCAAACCCCACACGAUAUCGUCCGUAACAUCCUCAACCCCAACUUGCCCAUGUUUACUCCAGAGAUCGCAAAGCUGGUAGAGGAAAACCUCGAACAGGAAUUAGGCCGCUGUCCUGUUGAAAAAGGGAGGAUACUGGUCAAAAAUCCUUUUCAUUUAAUUCAUGAGUUAGUUGCAAAAGCAAUGGCACAUGUUUUUGUUGGUCCCGAGGUUGCCAAGAGCCGCCAGAUUGUUGAAACAUUUAUGUCUGCUGCUGCAGAUUUCGGAGAGGUGAUCGGCGUCCACGCUCCCACCUCGAAGUGGCGCACGCUUGCGCUUCGACUCAACUACAAAUCUUUCCACAAUCCACUUCAGAAGCAUCUCCAAGUCCUGGUAGAUGUUUCCACGCCCGUAGUCCUUGAACGCCGUCGACUUGAAGCUCUGGCGAACGAGACUGGUGUUGAAUGGGAGCGACCUAGGGAUAUCCUUCAGCAGUUGCUUGACAACGCCGACAAGUAUGGGUUCGUUGACUUGGAAGAUGUUUGCGCUCAUAUCCUUAUCCUUAUUGUCAUAAGUGUCCAUACGACAGCAGACGCCGCCAACAGUAUGCUCUACUACAUGGCGGCAUUUCCACACUCCAUGGACAAGUUAUUCGAAGAGCAGCAGCAGAUCCUCAAUGAUAUUCAAGCGGAACGCGAGCAUGCCCGGCAAGAAUGCUUGAAGAAGGGAGAGCCCAUCAACGACCAUUUGGACCCUGCACAUGACAAAGACCUGCCGGUAGCCGCGGUCAAGAAGAUGGUUCAUUUGGAUUCCUUUAUACGAGAGAGCUUUAGAGUCCGUGCUGAGCCUUUGUCUAUGAUUACAAAUCGGCGUGCGCGCAGAGAUAGUACCUUUUCGAACGGUUAUAAGAUCUCCAAAGGCGCUAGCUUUAUUAUCAAUGCGAGAUCUGGCCAUAUGGGCCCUGAAGCAGGGGAGGAUGCAACAGAGUUUAGGCCAUGGCGGUUCGUCGGCAAAGCUAAGACCGCGAUCAAAGUUGGACCAGAUUAUCUGCCCUUUGGCAUGGGAGGGCACGCUUGUCCAGGACGAUUCAUGGCUAUAAUGGAGUUGAAAGUCAUUGGUGCUUUGAUAGUUACCAAGUUCUCCAAGGUAGAAAUGCAAGACCCUUCCAAGACAAAGAUGGCUCUUCAUUCCCGUCUUGGCGAGCCUAUCCCCAGUGGCCUAAAGUUCUUUAUCCGUGAAUGAGUGGCAUAGCUCGUCAUGAGCCACUUGAUAUCUUCCAAAUGGAUUAUUCUCAUCCCUGUCCUUGUGUGGCGACUGUUCGAUACUUGUUGUUUUUCCAUAUCUGCCUCGAUUUAAUGAUAAUUAUGAGAUUUGAUUAGCAUCUCCUGAAUGGUUGC